AUGACUUCAAAAAAACCUUCUGGUGCCUGGUUUGAAAAGCAAAGAAAACUGAAAGAAUCUAGUAAUAAAAGUUUAUCCGCAUCGUUAGGCAAAUGGCUUCAGAAAUCUAGUCCAAAAGAAAAUCUAGUAGUUCCUUUAGAAACGGAUACUAACGAUGGAAUAAAAAUAACAGAAAAUGCUACAACCAUUGAGUCUGAUACUAACAAUGAGAUAAAAAUAGAAAAACAGGAUAAUACUAAAAAUGUUGACUUUAAUGAUCCUGCGAAAUGGCCCAAAAUAACACCUAGGUUAAAAGCUAUUUUAAUUGAACGUGGUCCUCCAAUCUCUUCAAUUCAAAACUACUAUCCACAUGACGAAAAUAAUCGUCAUUUUAGUAAUAAAUGGUUCUUCAGAAAACUUACUAAUGGUGAACAGGUUCGAAGGCAAUGUAGAAAUAAUCUUGCUCUUAGAGGUCAUUCAGAAAAGAUUUUAGACUCGAAAAAAGGAAUAUUUCUUGAUCUUAUUGAACUUAUUAGUCAUUAUAACCCGAUUUUAAAAGAACAUCUAAUAGCGCUUAAUGAGGGAAAAUAUAAAAUCAGUUAUUUCUCACCAACCAUACAAAAUGAAUUUAUUGACACUCCUGAUUUUUCACACAAAGAACAGUUAUCACAAAUUAUAAGAUACGUAAAAAUUUCAAAUAAUGAAGUAACGGUUGAAGAAAGAUUUAUCGAUUUUAUAGAAACAAAAGAAAAGACUGGAACUGGUCUGGCUUCCGAUAUUGUUGAUAAAUUACAAGUUGAUGGCUUAAAUAUCAAUAACUGCCGAGGACAGAGUUUUGAUAAUGGGGCAAAUAUGGCCGGGAAAAUUAAAGGAGUUCAGGCAAACAUUACUAAACUAAAUGAAUUAGCAGUUUUUGUACCUUGUACAGCGCAUAGUUUAAACCUCGUUGGCGUUCAUGCUGCCGAAACUUCACCUGCUAUGAUAACUUUUUUUGGAAGUGUUCAGAAAAUAUUUGUAUUCUUUUCUAGUUCUACUUCAAGAUGGAAUAUGUUAAAAAAUGUCAUAAAUGUUACUUUAAAGAAACAUAGUGAUACUCGUUGGUCAUCAAAGAAACAAGCCAUUUCAGCUUUACAUACUAAUAUCAUCAGUAUUGCUAUGAUAUUGAAACAAAUGCGGGACAUUACUAAUAUGAACUAUGACACUAUUGAUGGUUGCAAUCAAAUUUUACGCCUAAUAGAUCUAAAAUUUCUGUGCUUACUAAAUAUAUGGAAUAAAAUACUUACGCAUAUCGAUAAAACCAAUAAGUCUUUGCAAACUAAAGAUAUUACAAUUGAUAUGGCAAGUAAAAUGUUAAACGGUUUGUAUAAUUCUAUUCAAGAAAUUCGUGAUAACAAUUUUGAGGAUUUAUUAAAAAAUGCAAAGAAUACUGCUAUCGAAAUGGAACUGUCACCCGAAUUUCUAGAAAAACGAAGGCAUAAAAUAAAACGUAUGGAUGGAGAAGAAGCAAUAGAUGAUGGUGCAACAUCCAUCCACGCCAAAAUCAAAAAUGAUUUUUACAUGGCAGUUGACUCAAUCUUAUCGAGUUUAAAAUGGCGAUUUAAAAGAAUGACUAUUUUAUCCAAUGACUUUGAAUUUUUAUGUGGAAGUAAGCUAUCGUCAAUGGAUUUUGAUGAAAUUAAAAAAUGGACUAACGAUUUAGCAAUCAAAUACGACAAGGACCUCAACGGAUUCGAGUUUUGCUCUGAAAUGGAAUGUUUUAAACACCAGGCUUCUGCAUUGAUGACCGAUUUCAAAAUGGCUGCACCGAUUGAUUUAUUAAAAUUUAUUCAUAAACAAAACUUACAAGAUAUUUCUGUGGCAUUAGGGUAA